CCCCGAGAAACACUUAGAAAAGAACAUUCCAUCCCAAAGACCCGGAGUGGAGUUCCUGGGGUAGGACUGUGCAGGAACUUGGGGACUCACUCGGGGACCUGGGGGCCGGGGGCGUCGCACCUGGACGCGGGACACAAAAGUUAGGAGGGUCCCGCCCAGGGGUCGCCAGCACGCUUUCUGCCCGAUUGGCGGAAGCGCUCAGACUUUUCUUUAUGGCGUCACCGAGUACCUGCCUGUAGGAAGGCCCCGGCUGCGUGACGUCACGCCGCGCUGACCAAUGAACGGCCCGAGCCGGCGGGCCCCGAGGAGGGUUGUGGGCCCUUCUUUUUGUGAAUGAAGCUCCACGGAACAUCCCUCCUGGGGGUCCCCGGGAGCCGCGGCCCACUGAGCUCGGACGCCCAGGCACCAGCGUCCCAGGGCGCGCGCGCUUUGCCCCAGCCUCCGGCUAGCGCUGUGUGGCCCCCGGGACGCGGGCGGUGGGAGGCGCAGCUCGAGGACCCGGGCCGGGCUGCCGGGCCAUGGUCGCGGUCCCCUGACGGGCCGCGGCCGCCUCCAUGAAGCGCAAGAGCGAGCGGCGCUCGUCUUGGACUACCGCGCCCCCCUGCUCGCGCCGCAGCUCGUCCACCUCCCCCGGCGUGAAGAAGAGCCGCAGCUCCACGCCGCAGGAGCUGCACCGCCUGGAGCAGCAGGACGACCUGUACCUGGACAUCACGGAUCGCCUUUGUUUUGCCAUUCUCUACAGCAGACCAAAGAGUGCGUCAAAUGAACAUUAUUUCAGCAUAGAUAAUGAACUUGAAUAUGAGAAUUUCUACGCAGAUUUUGGACCGCUCAACUUGGCAAUGGUUUACAGAUAUUGUUGCAAGAUAAAUAAGAAACUCAAGUCCAUUACGAUGCUGAGGAAGAAAAUUAUCCAUUUUACUGGCUCUGAUCAGAGGAAACAAGCGAAUGCAGCCUUCCUUAUUGGCUGUUACAUGGUUAUAUAUUUAGGAAGGACUCCAGAAGACGCAUAUAGAACAUUAAUCUUUGGAGAUACAGCCUAUAUCCCUUUCAGAGACGCUGCCUAUGGAAGCUGCAGUUUCUAUAUCACACUUCUCGACUGUUUUCACGCAGUAAGGAAGGCAAUGCAGUACGGCUUCUUUAAUUUCAACACAUUUAACCUUGAUGAAUAUGAACACUAUGAAAAAGCAGAAAAUGGAGAUUUCAACUGGAUAAUACCGGAUCGGUUUCUUGCCUUCUGUGGACCCCAUUCAAAAUCCAGACUUGAGAGUGGUUACCACCAACAUUCUCCUGAGACUUAUAUUCCGUAUUUUAAGAAUCACAAUGUAACUACCAUUAUCCGUCUGAAUAAAAGGAUGUAUGAUGCUAAGCGCUUUACGGAAGCUGGUUUCGAUCACCAUGAUCUUUUCUUUCCGGAUGGCAGCACUCCUGCUGAGUCAAUUGUCCAAGAAUUUCUGGAUAUUUGUGAAAGUGUUGAGGGUGCCAUUGCUGUGCAUUGCAAAGCUGGCCUUGGUCGAACAGGUACUCUGAUAGGCUGCUACCUCAUGAAGCAUUAUAGGAUGACGGCAGCUGAGAGCAUUGCCUGGCUCAGGAUCUGCAGACCGGGUUCAGUGAUUGGGCCCCAGCAGCAGUUUCUGGUCAUGAAACAGUCAAGCCUCUGGCUGGAAGGCGACUAUUUACGUCAGAAGUUGAGAGGGCAGGAGAACGGACCUCUCAGAGCAGCCUUCUCCAAACACCUCUCGGAUGUUGAUGACAUUUCGAUAAGUGGGCUUGAGAAUCAAGACAAGCAAGAGUCUGAGCUGUAUAGUGAUGAUGAUGAAAUCAAUGGAGUGACACAAGGAGACAGACUUCGGACCCUGAAAAGUCGGAGACAAUCAAAAGCCAACACUAUCCCCCUCGCAAAUCGGACCACCACCACCCUUGUUUCCCGCCCCUUUGCCAUCACAGUUGCUGCUCUGGGACUUUUAGGGUGUCUUAAAGCUACAGUCCAGCCGUUUCAAGGACUAAGACAGUCUUGCGUUAAAGUUAAAAAAAAAAAAACCGGUGACCGGCACUCCAGGCAAGACCAGGCAGAAAUGCCCCAACAGGAUUUAGCCAAUCGAUCUGAGAACAAAACAGACCCUGCAAAAGGCCUUAGUUUCUUUCCACAUAAGACGUCCAUUCAAUGAAGAAAACAUCAAUCGGCCUCUCAGCCGCUUGCUGACUUUGGGUUUUGGUUGAACCAUUUGAGGGCCCGACUCUCCCUUCUGUAAUCUCCAGUUGGACAAAAACUGCUAUUGUAAGUUUAGUCUCAGGUGUCAAUACCUGGCCCUGUGCCGCCAGAGAGCUGUCUGGUGAGUGUGGUACAUGUGUGUUCCUGUGAUGGCAAUCGUGUUUGCUGCUCGCCUUCAGAAGAGUGGAGGAUCUGAUGGAGGACUCUUGGGUAUUUAUUUUUUGUUCAGCCUGUGACCACCCCCCACCCCACCCCCGGCUUGCAAUUUAUAAAGAUGAAAGGAGAUGAGCGUCCCUCCAGUGGUAUCCUCUGUCUUAAGACAGGAUUUGGUACAAUCGGUUUCACUUUACUCUUGUUAAUAUUGUUGGGAUGUUCACUGUGUGAAGUACCCAAGCUGCUUGUCUUUCACCAAAGAGUGCUUUAAUAACAAUCUGUGAAAACUGCAUUUAAACACUGUUACGUGUUGUUGCGGUUACUAAAACCUGCUAACGAAUGUUGAUAGAGCAAUUGAACCUUUUCUCGGUUGAAAGGUUACAUAAGUCCUUCCUUGUAUCUUGAAGAUUUCAGGGCUGGGACGUUGGGUUGCUCAGUCAUGUUAGAAUUGUGUUUCCUCCCAUACAUUAAAACCAAACAGCAGUGCUGAUGUUUGUCUUUGGAAAAGCAUCCUAAGUAAUGGUGGCUUUAAAAAACAAAAUUGUUAACCCUUUGUAAAGUCUUGCUCUGUAAUGCUGUGGAGUUUCUUGUGGUUCACAGUUUGAUGUUAGUGACAAUCGCUCACUUCUGGAGUUAGGUUGUUUGUGUAAGAGAACUCACUGUUGCCUUUGGUUAGGGAAUAUGACUAGAAACUGUAGCGUGCCUUUUCUCUUCUCCCUUGCUGGAAGCCAGCAGCACUUGUGCCAUGAAGCAAUUGCAAAACCAGAAUUUAUCUGCUGCCAAAAAGAAAAAGAUUGAGCCAAUAAUUAGAGAAUACUUAACAGUUGUCUUGGUUACUUCCACAAUAGAGGAUAAUGGUUUUUGUCUUUCUCCAGUCUGGAGACUGGAGAAAUGCAAUAUGGAAAGCCAUUGAAAGCCAAUGCCUUCCUAAGACAGAUGAAUGUGUCAGGCGAGCAGGCAAUCCCACUUGAAAAGCUACCUUCCUGGUAGUUGGAACAAACAGGUUAAAGUCUAGUAAGUGAAAAAAAAAUUGAAAGGCAGUGGGUCCCCCGUUUCACUGUUUCUGUCCUCAAACUGUGGCGUUGGCUGACAUUGGGUUGGGAGCCCGAGGAUGUCAAUGUAGAAUCCACACAAAGAGCUCCUCCCCAGUCAACUUUUAAACACUAGAGAAAGCCAGUUAAGAGCUAGGUAGGAGGACAAACAUUUCAUUUACUGAUAAUGCUCAAUCAAACUGCACCCGAGUAUAAAAUAGCAACUUCUCAGGAUGGGUCUUUCUCCCCUGAAUAAGCUAGUGCUUUGGAAACCUCACUUCCAUCUGAACCAAGCUGAAUUCGUCCUCAGUGUAUCAGGAUGGGUGCACGGGGCCUGCCCACCGUGGCUCAUGGUGAUUGAGUUUGGGAAUAACCCACUUGGGCUUCAGUGAUAACCUCAGUGCUUUUUAGAAAUUGCUGCCCCUUUGUGUUGGUGGCUCCAUUCAGCUAGAAUUGCUACCACUGUGGCUCUUGCUAAAAUUCCCUAUUUAACUCUCUUGAUGAAGGAAACAUGAGUUGGUUAGGACACAUUGCCAGGGAAACCUGCUCCAGAUGCUGAGGUGAUAGAGCUCUGGGGAUGGACAGUCACCAGCACUGACUGGUGACAUAUAGGAUCCAGGAAGUCUGGGUCUGACUAAUGGAAAAUCCUUCCUGCUGUGAAUUAGUGGACAAUUCCUCCUCAGCUACAACUACCCAGAACCUUCUGGGAUAAGAAGACCCUGUUGCUACAGAGCAUGAACCAGUAGAUGUUGGAUGGAGGGGCCUCUUUAACUUAAGAACUUUAAAUACUUUGAAAGUACAUCAAGUCCUCUUCCAGCAAAAUUAAAAUAGGAAAGUAUAUGUAUAGGUGCCCCUGAAGCUUUUGGGGGACCCAGACCACCCAGAAUUCAAGAGAGGAAUGCUUGCAAAGCUGGGCUUUAGGACUUGCAGACAGAUUAAUACAAUUUUGAGGCCCAAUUAGAGCUCUGUUGCCAUGAGGCAAGAAGGAUGGGCCCUGAGCCGCGCCACAUUCAGUGGUAGCAACAUUUAUCUAACAUGACCACAUGCUGCUCUUCUUCAGAACUUACUAGCUUUAACUUGGUCCCCAAAAAUCUAUCCAUUGUCCUGCUCCAUGCCCUACCACCUCUCCCCUACAGGUGGCUUCUACCUCUUGGCUUGGGCCCCGACAGGUCAUAGAGGCUUUCCCAAGUGUUCUCAUGAGGCUCGUUGAGCAUUUGCAGGUCUAGCAGACCUUUCCAGGUUUCUGGGUAACUUGUGCCUAGAAUUCCUUAGUCCUCCGUUAGCUUGAAUCACUGUCUGUGACAAGUAUUUGUUCGUUUGGUAUAUGUUCUAGAAGUAAUAGCUGCUUUUCUUCGGAUAUUUUCUGAAAGUUCUUACCACAUUUUAGGAAGCAGUUGAUCAGAAACCUUAAACCCAUUUUCUUUAAGAUUUCUCUCCCACUGAAAUGUCCUAGUCACUGCUCUUGCAUUUCUCCUUGAAUCUGAGCGUUCCCCAUGUUACUGAGUGGAAAUACUACAGAUGUAUUAAAAAGACUUGCCUAUACUGUAGAAGAAAUUACCUCCUUAAUGAUCCAAUAGAAUUCACUGUGGAUAGACUGUCCAUCAGAUUAAAGUACUGCGGUUUUACACUCAUUGUUUGAAGACUUUAUUGUACACUCAUGUACAGACGAUUAAGUGAAGUUUUAAAGUGUAAUCAGUAUUUGAUCAAUUAUUGUCUUGAUAUUUUAUUAAAUUGUAUAUUUCUAAUCAUAUUUUUUAAAGCUAAGAGAACUGGUUGGAUGUUUAUUCUCCUGAAGGUAUUUUUAAGAUAACGCUUCACCGUAGCCUGUAAACUUGGCACAUAUAUGUAGUUUUUGAUACUUCUUGUUGCAUUUGAAAAUCUUGUGUAUUGUAAAAUGGUUUUAUACAAAAUACUAAAUGGUAGAAAUUGUAUAAUUUACAAUCAAAUAAUUAAAAAUAUCAAACAGUU